AUUGAGGAUCCUGACUGCAACCAAAAUUCUACUUAAACCAUUCCGGAAACUCGCUUGUUACGAAUGCCUUAUUAUCGUACAAUAUCUUUAACAUAUAUAUGCAUUAUCAUUGUAAUAUAUGUUCUGGUACACAUUUUUAUACGUUAUAAAUUGCUUCAUAAACGAUUGUUGAAUAGUAUUAAUAACAUUGCUGCAUAUAUUGGUUCCGGUCCUUUCACCUACGGUGGCCGAGCGGCGCAUAAACAGAAACGCGUUUCACGUGGACCCCACGUGAAACGCGAUGCUGAAGCUCCGUCGUGUGACCUCCAGCCGCGAUUACAGUUACAGAGCGGCCGUAGGACUCUCGUCCUACGGGUACCUAAUAGGUUGCCUUAGUUUUACUGUUUGAGCCUUAAACAUUUACUUUGCAUUGUAAUAAUCCUACAAAUGGUCUCAUGUAACUAACAUAACUUGCAGCGAGCAACACAUCUUCAAUAUACUGCUUGUAAAGGGUGUUUCCCCCUUUAACGACUGCGAGGAGUAUUGACGUCCUGGUCUUAUGUUCUUCCAUCUUUUUCACGAGUGGCUAAUCACAAUUUUUUAUGGCAUUGUUUAAAUACAUGUGUUAGAAAUUGCAAUUUCCGCAGUCACAACCAGAGGUCAGGAGCUUUCGCUUGAUAUACGUUUCAUUUGUAUAUACAGUGAUGUCUAUAUAAAGGUAGACAUACAGUACCUAGAGCCAAUCUGACCGGAUCUUUCUGUACGUAUCUGCAAUAGAAAGUAAAACUAAAAUGUCAUGCCUUGCACAAACCUGCACACGCAGUAGGCUAAUAUUACAGAUCGCUUCUCGCAAGGGAGGCGCUUGUAGGAACGCUGUUAAAGGGCUCGGUAGGUGUAAUUGGUCACGAUCUUUGAGCUCUGAGCCAUCAGGGCUGAGUGAGCUCCCCCCGGCUUCAGGUUCCCCGCAAUCCGCCUUGCCCUACCUGCAAGACCACGAGGCGACUCUGUACGUACACUGGCCCUACUGCGAGCGGCGAUGCUCGUACUGCAACUUCAAUAAAUACGUGUCGCGUUCCGUGGACCACGCACGCAUGCGCAAGUGCCUGGUGCGUGAGCUGGAGUCGUUGCUUCUCGCAAGCGGUGUAACAACGAUCUCGUCAGUGUUCGUGGGGGGCGGCACGCCAAGCCUGGCAGAGCCGCAGACGCUGGCGGCCGUGCUGGAGGCAGCGUCUCGGCUGGCGCUGGUCCCUGCUGGAGCCGAGGUUUCUAUGGAGGCGAACCCCUGCUCCGCUGCGACGCAGAGGCUCGUGGACUUCCGCGCCGCUGGGGUCAACCGCAUCUCGCUCGGUCUGCAGGCUCUAAGCGAUGCUGACCUAAAGACGCUUGGGCGAGACCACACGGCGGAGGAGGGCGUACAGGCGCUAGCCACGGCAAGCGCCGUAUUCCCAGGCCACGUGUCGGCCGACCUCAUGUUCGGGAGGCCAGGCCAGCACCCCGAUUCUUGGGAGCAGGAGCUACGGGCGUUGCUGGGGUCAGCGUCAACGCUGGGGCACGUGUCCCUCUACCAGCUAACGCUGGAGCGCGGCACGGAGUUGUUCGCCCGUGCCGCACGAGGGGAGCCGCUAGCCCUGCCUGAUGCGGACGCCUGCGCCGAGAUGUACAACACGGCCCGGGAAAUCCUGUCCCAGGCCGGACUCCACCAGUACGAGGUGUCCAACUUUGCAAGGGAGGGAGCCGCAUCUGUACACAACCAAAGCUACUGGCUGGGGAAGCCGUACAUCGGAGUAGGACCGGGUGCUCAUGGGAGGUUUGUGGCACGAGGAGAGGGUGCGGCGGAGCGGGAGGCACGUGUUCAGACGCUGGAGCCCGAGUACUGGAUGCGCGAGGUGGAGCGGCACGGACACGGUACCCGUAGGAGGAAGCCCCUCUCCCCGCCUGAAGUGCUAGAAGAGGUAUUGGUAAUGGGACUGAGGAUGAACAGAGGGAUUACCCACGAGCGCUGGGCUCGGUUCUCUGGAGACGUUGGGCUACACGAAGCGCUUGCAAGCCCGGAGGUCCAGCGGUUUCAAGACGAGGGACUCUUGAUGCUGGAUGAGAGCUAUUUCAACGAAAGGUCGGUGGGGGGGGGCUAUGCAAGGUACGACUGUGGGCCGCCCCCUCCAUUCUCCCGACUCAUUUUUACUGAAAUAGCUAUAGAUGUUCUCACAAUUAAGUUAUUGUGGGUCGUGCUUUCAUGGCGGCCCAUGGGUCUAGGAUUUCCUCAAAGGGGGUGGAUCGCACAACUUUAUGCUCCUCUAUUGAUACGAUAGCAAGAUGUGCUAAUUGGGCUUGGUCCAUGGUAUUUUGCAGGUAAUAAUAAAUAAUUAUUCCUAAUAUAUUUUUCUUAACAUCGUUGUUACUUGUUUAUCUGUUCGGGACCCCCUUGUGGUGGACUGGGCCCCUAUUCGUUGCAUAACACUGCCACAUACCCCGAAUCAUAGUUGCGCUGCUGCCUGCAGCUCCCCCCCACAGUGAGUAAAUUAUUCGAUUAAAUUAUGUAUUCUUUUUUAUUUAGGUUGACUGUAUUGUUUGUAUUUUUGUUGUUUCAUAUGCCUAGUUUGUACAGUUGUGUGUUUUGCUUUCGCCCUAAAUGUAAAAUUCAUAAUGAAAUAACAAAGUAUGGACCACCUCAGAAAUUAUCGACGAUCUUGAGUGUUGCCAACUUAUUCAGCCACGUGUCACUGUGGUGGAGCAUUGGACAAUUGUAUGAGGUCAGCCCAAAAUAAAUUUACUUGCUUUACAGCCCCAUUAUCCAGUAUGUAUCCAUCUCACCUACACUGACUGAUCACCCUGCGCAUGCCCGCUUGUCGUGUGCGAGCGUGCGUGCUUGCUUGCCGAGAUGACAGGGGCGUGCGGGCGUCGUGGGAAGGCAUCGCAGUGCUGGACGCAAUGCUCCCGGACCUCCUGCUUGCCCUGCAGCGUCACCGCUGGCCGCUCGCUCUACCCCAGCACCUAGGGGGGCAGAGAGUGGGAAGGGCCCAGGGAGGUG